CAUGCGCGCAGUAUACAAAAUGUCGGGAGGGGCGGAAAGGUAAAAAAUGAGAAGGAAUUUGUCUGCAGGCAGCUCAAACACGACACGCCAGUUUUGCUGUCUCUGUCCUGAUAUUUAAGAAGUGGAGCAAGGGAUUCAAUUGACCAUUCCUCAUUUGACCAACCGUCAUUUUACACAGGAGAAAGGCCGUUCACCUGUUCAGACAGUGGGAGUGGAUUCACUCAGUUAUCACAAUUGAAGGUACAACAACGUUCACAUUGGCCAAGGCCAUUCAUCUGUUCUGCGUGUGUGAGAAAGGAUUCAUUUGGUCUUCCCACCUGUGGACACACCUGUCUGUUCACACCACACUGGGCAGAGGCUGGUCAUCUGUUGAACUUCUGGGAAAGGAUUCACUCAGUUAUCUGACCUAAUGGCUCACCAGCCAGUUCACACUGGGGAGAAGCCAUUCACCUGCUCAGUCUGUGAGAAGAGAUUCACUCACUCUUCCACCCUAUGGAAACAUCAGCGAGUUCACACUGGGGAGAAGCCAUUCACCUGCUCAGAAUGUGGGAAGGGAUUCACUGAGUCGUCCACUCUACUGGUACAUCAGCGAGUUCACACUGGGGAGAGGCCAUUCACCUGCUCAGUCUGUGAGAAGAGAUUCACUCGGUUAUCCCACCUCCAGAGUCAUCAGCGAGUUCACACUGGGGAGAGGCCGUUCUCCUGCUCAGAAUGUGGGAAGAGAUUCACUGAGUUAUCCAACCUACAGAGUCAUCAGCGAGUUCACACUGGGGAGAAGCCAUUCACCUGCUCAGAAUGUGGGAAGAGAUUCACUGAGUUAUCCAACCUACAAAGUCAUCAGCGAGUUCACACUGGGGAGAGGCCGUUCUCCUGCUCUGAAUGUGGGAAAGGAUUCUCUGAGUUAUCCACCCUACAGAGACAUCAGCAAGUUCACACUGGGGAGAAGCCAUUCACCUGCUCAGUAUGUGGGAAGAGAUUCACUCAGUUAUCCACCCUACAGAGUCACCAGCGAGUUCACACUGGGGAGAAACCGUUCCCCUGUUCAGAGUGUGGGAAGAGAUUCACUCAGUCAUCCACCCUACAGAGACACCAGCGAGUUCACACUGGGGAGAAGCCAUUCACCUGCUCAGUCUGUGGGAAGAGAUUCACUGAUUCAUCCACCCUACAGAGACACCAGCAAAUUCACACUGGGGAGAAGCCGUUCACCUGCUCAGUCUGUGGGAAGGGAUUCACUCAGUCAUCCACCCUACAGAAUCACCAGCGAGUUCACACUGGGGAGAGGCCGUUCACCUGCUCAGUCUGUAGGAAGAGAUUCACUCAUUUAUCCAGCCUACAGAGACAUCUGCAAAUUCACACUGGGGAGAAGCCGUUCAGCUGCUCAGUCUGUGGGAAGGGAUUCACUCAGUCAUCCACCCUACAGAGUCACCAGCGAGUUCACACUGGGGAGAAGCCGUUCACCUGCUCAGACUGUGGGAAGGGGUUCAUUUAUUUAUCAAGCCUACAGAGACAUCAGCGCGUUCACACCGAGGAGAAGCCGUUUACCUGCUCAGAA